UUCAGUUCAGUUGUGGUAUUGGUUUCUUUCCUUUCACUAAUCUGUUUAUUGGAGGUGAAGUUUAUAAAAUCGUACGACUUGCGCCAGUCACUUCAGAAAGUUCAACGCGAGGAAAUAUGAACCAAAACAUGUCCGCGACCAAGAGUGGUUACUUGUUGCUGGCUUCAGACCCGCAGCAAAAUCGUCACGUCAGGCUCAUGGCUGUGGCUUACACGAGAGUUUCCGACCCGUUCAUCGUAUUUUACAGAGAUUCGGCUUGGAUUUGGAAGAAACCGGUCGCAUUCCUUCGAUUGAAAUCCUGCGCUGUUACAGAAAACAAGGACGGCUCGUUCACCUUAACACCGCAAGGCGAGCGAAUUGGAUCGUCGACAGGACUGUUGUGUUUUACUGCCGAAACUCCUGACGAGAGGCAAGAAUGGCUGAAAGUUUUGAGAGACUUUGAUCUGGAAAGCGAAAAACCGGUAAUGAAAAUGAAAAGGAAGCCGAGAAACGUGCGAAUGAUGCCAGUUAUCCAGGAGAGUUUCUCUGAGGAAUUGAACGUAACAGAGCAGAGAAGAUCCAGUUUAAUUCCAGUGUGAAAGCUACAUUUUGAGGAGCAUGACGAAAUUGACAAAAUGUCUGUUAGAACUGACAGCGAUGGAGAUGAAAAUUCGAGGAUGAACACCACCCUUGUAGUCGAAAGAACCCAAUAUAUCAAUUUAAUUUAUUUUACUUGCAAAGAAGGAACUCCAGAAAACAAAACGUAGAGAAACUAUUUAAUUUAUCUAUCCAUAUCUUAAGCCGACAACAAAAUGUAAAUUAUUUACAAGAUUAUGAUCAUUUUUUUAAAGAGAACUUUCAAUAUUUUACGUUCUCCAAAUAGGUGAAGUCUAUCGAUGCUUUUUUAUCUAGUGUAAACGUGAUUGUGUUUUUCGCUUUCAUGAUCAUAUCCAAUGCAAAAUCAAGUUGCAUUUGUUGAAAGAUUUGAGACGUGACUGAAUUGUAAAUAGGAGUCUUUUUUAGACAAAAGGGUCAACGAGGGUAACGUAAUAUGUAAAGAGAUUGUAAAUAAUAUGUCCAACAGCCCACGCCAAGAUUGACGAAAAGAACAUCAUAAUUUUGGGGUUUCAAGAGUAAAAUGUUUGGAAAAAAAAACUAUGUAAAUACUACAGUUGUAAUGUUGUAAAGUUUCAAGAGGAGAGGAUAAAUUUUGUAUGUAAAAUUCGUAAUAUUUUCUUUUGUAAUUAAAUUGUCAAGAAGCCACGAA